AUGUGGGAUAAGCUCAAGAAAAUCCUCAAGAGAUGCAGAAAACAGACGCACUCACAAACUGCUGCUGUUUUUGAUGGCUGUGUUAGGGAAAAUAAUGUCUGCGAUGGCACGUUUUUCCCGUCGCUGCUUGAGGAGAUGUCUGUUGUGGUUGGAUUUUUCAAUCAAAGAGUCCAAAGAUUGCUCGAUCUCCACCUUUCAUCGUGCUUUAGCAAGUGGAUUAUUCGGUUGAAAGACAAAUUACAAGGAAAUCACAUUGCCCCGAUUCAAGAAGGCCGUGACCUCGUCACAUACGCAAUCUUCAAUGCCAUGGCCAUGCGCAAAAUACUAAAGAAAUACGAUAAGGCCCGACACAUGCAAAUCGAGAUCCUUCAAUCGCCUUGGCUAUGUGAGCUUAUGGCUUUUCACAUAAACUCGAGAACAUCCGAUAAAAAAGUCAAUUCAAGUAGCGAACAAGAAGUACUCUUCGAAGGGUGUUCAUUUUUAUUAAACGACGUGAAACCAUCUCUGCAUUGUGAGAUCUUUGACUCGGUCGAGUUAGAUAUCGACUUGACCUGUUCCAUAUGCUUGGAGACAUUGUUUGAUCCAGUUUCACUCACCUGUGGUCAUAUGUUAUGUUACUUGUGUGCAUGCAAAGCUGCUUCAGUUACGAUUGAACGGGUAUAUGAAAGUGCGGUACAUUUGGAGGAGCUUCAUAUUCUGUUAGGCCAAAGCUGUCCAGAAUACUGGGAAGAGAGGCGAAAAUCGGAAAAGAUUGAGAGAAUUCAGCAGACUAAAGAGUAUUGGGAGUCUCAGUGCCGAUUAUUCUAGGGCAUUUGAGCUGAAGAUGAACAUGCUAUUCGAGCCAAUUUUUUUUCGGCUUUUCAAGUGUACCCACAAGCAUGAAGUUUUUCAUGACGCUGUUCUUUUUCCCGAGAGCAUACUUUAAAUUCUACAUUAACCCACAAAAAAAUUAUGCUGUUAAAAAGAUGUAAGCUUUAGCAAAACAAGAACAAACUUGAAAGGUUAAACACAAAUCUUAUUGACGAGGAGUUAUAUUUCAGAAAGUAAUAUUUCUUAUUAAGCAAAACCCACAAAAAAAUCAAUGAAUUGAAAAAAUAUUCAAAUUGUGAAAGGCAUAUUAUAUCAUAACUCAGCAGCUUAGUGAAGAAUUAGAAGAAAAAAAGUGCAAACAUAUUUUGACCAAUGCAAUUUAGUGAAGAACACUUCCAUCACCAGAACAAAUUAUACAUGACCUCUGUUCAAGAGAAUUUCAGCUAACUAUACCUCAUGAGUGUGUGUUGAUCUAAUCGUAGGAUCGAACUUUCCAUUGAGCUACCAUGAACAAGUAGAAUUUUUUUUCCAAACUGUGAAGAAUGGAGCUAAUGCAAGAGCUCUCAGAAAUCAACAAAAACAAACAACUGAGCCCAAAUUAACCAAAAGCAUAUCAACAAACGGCAAAAGCACGCAAACAAAAAAAGUAUCACCGACCAUCUUCCUCGAUGUCGCUGUCUCUAUCGAUCGGCUCGAACUCCGGCAGGGGCUCGCCGGCGAGGGGAGGCAUCUUGUGAGCUGUACGCGCCCGCACGCAGAGGAAAUUGGAGUUCUAAACGACGCCGAACGACUUGUAGUUGUCGAUCACGCUGCCCUUGUCGUCCCAUUUCAGAGAGGGUCCAGUAUAGCUUUGAGCUUCGAGGGGAGACCGAACUCCGGCCCGCUUGAACACGUUAGGGGCCAU